UCGUCAAGAAAGAUAGGAUGGCCAGAAGAGAGUGAUGAUGUUGGUCGGAAAAUGAUUGAUAGCGACAUAACUGUUAAAGUUUGAGACUCUCGUUUACUAUUAAAACAUCGGCCACCCAUGUUUUGAACCCGUGUCGUCUGGCAGAGCGGAGUCUAUGGAGAACCGAGGCUGAAAAACGGUCAACUUUGCUAGCAGCGGUAGCUAGCCAACUGGACCGAGCACAGCUGGCCAACGUUAGCUAACCACCAGUUAUCACAACAACAGAGGAAGGAGAGCGGCCACCAGCCCUAUCAUACCCCGGGACAUCGAGGUGUCUUCGGGGCAAUGGAAGGGGAAGAGUUUGUACCUCCUCCGGAGUGUCCAGUAUUUGAGCCAUCAUGGGAGGAGUUUCAGGAUCCCCUGGGCUACAUCGCCAAGAUACGUCCAAUUGCAGAGAAGUCUGGAAUCUGCAAAAUUCGACCUCCACCAGACUGGCAGCCACCAUUUUCAGUGGAGUUGGACAGCUUUCGUUUCACACCCCGCAUCCAAAGACUGAAUGAGCUGGAGGCGGAGACCAGAGUGAAGCUAAAUUAUUUGGACCGCAUCGCCAGGUUUUGGGAGAUCCAGGGAUCCUCCUUGAAAAUCCCACAUAUUGAAAGGCGCAUCCUUGAUCUUUUCAGCCUUUCAAAGAUUGUGACAGAUGAAGGAGGUUUUGAGAUGGUUUGUAAGGAACGGCGCUGGGCUCGUGUGGCCCAGAGGCUUGGCUACCCUCCAGGCAAGAACAUAGGGUCUCUGCUGCGCUCACACUACGAGAGGAUCGUCUACCCCUUUGAGAUGUUCCAGUCUGGUGCUAGCCUGCCGCAUUGCAAGCCAAAGCACUAUGAUGGUGAGGAUGUGGAUAAAGAGUACAAGCCCCACUCCAUCCCCCUGCGACAGUCUGUUCAGCCAUCCAAAAUGAGCAGUUAUGGACGCAGAGCGAACCGGUGUCAGCCUGAUGGUCCAGAGGAUCUGGCCCCCCAUCCUCUCACCACUGGCUCUCAACUCAUCUCUGCGCCUGAACCUACAGAGGAAGACAUAGAGAAGAACCCAGAACUGAAGAAGCUACAGAUCUAUGGUGCAGGGCCUAAGAUGAUGGGACUUGGACUGGUGGCGAGGGAUAAAGGCAUUAGGAAGAAGGAUGAGCUGCCUCAGACUGUUACCAUCAAAGACGAUGUGUCAUCCGCUCCUGGUGAUACCUCAGUCAAAGCGGAGCCACUGGAGCCUCAAGAGAAGCAGAGUGAAGGGUGCACAUCGAGUCCCCAACUGCCUCCCUCAAGCAUCACAGUAAAGACAGAAGUGAAAAAAGAAGAACCGCAGGACGAGGAUGGGAAAGACGAUGUUGACGAGGAAGAUGACAAAGAUAGACCUUGCACCAAAAUGACCAUGAGGCUUAGACGCAACCUCAACAACCCACAGUGUGUGGAUUCUUUCGUGUGUCGAAUGUGUGGUCGGGGAGAUGAUGAUGAGAAGCUCUUGCUGUGUGAUGGCUGUGAUGACAACUACCACACCUACUGUCUACUACCCCCACUCACUGACCCACCAAAAGGCAAUUGGCGAUGUCCUAAGUGUGUGGCAGAGGAGUGCAAGAAGCCGGCGGAAGCAUUCGGCUUUGAACAAGCUACACGAGAGUACACUCUGCAGAGUUUUGGGGAAAUGGCUGACACCUUUAAAGCAGAUUACUUCAACAUGCCUGUCCAUAUGGUUCCCACUGAGCUUGUGGAGAAAGAGUUCUGGAGGUUAGUCAGUAGUAUUGAGGAAGACGUGACUGUGGAGUACGGAGCGGACAUACACUCCAAAGAGUUUGGCAGUGGCUUCCCAAUGAACAAUGGCAAGAGGAAGCUCACAAAGGAAGAGGAGGAAUACGCUCGCUGUGGCUGGAACUUGAAUGUGAUGCCUGUGCUGGAGCAGUCACUCCUGUGCCAUAUUAAUGGAGACAUCUCUGGGAUGAAGGUGCCAUGGCUUUAUGUAGGCAUGGUGUUCUCAGCUUUCUGCUGGCACAUUGAGGAUCACUGGAGCUACUCCAUCAACUACCUACACUGGGGUGAACCGAAGACAUGGUAUGGAGUUCCCUCUGUGGCAGCUGAGCGACUUGAGGAGGUGAUGAAGAAGUUGACACCAGAGCUGUUUGAGUUUCAGCCUGACCUCCUGCACCAGCUCGUCACCAUCAUGAAUCCCAAUAUCCUCAUGGCCCACGGUGUACCGGUUGUACGUACCAACCAGUGUGCUGGUGAGUUUGUCAUCACCUUCCCCAGAGCAUACCACAGUGGCUUCAAUCAGGGAUAUAACUUUGCUGAAGCUGUCAACUUCUGCACUGCAGACUGGCUGCCUGCCGGCCGUUCCUGUAUUGAGCACUACCGACGCCUAAGGAGGUAUUGUGUAUUCUCCCACGAGGAGCUCACCUGUAAAAUGGCUGCGAGCCCAGAGAAACUAGACCUUAACCUGGCCGCAGCUACACACCGGGAAAUGUUCAUUAUUGUUCAGGAGGAGAGGAAGCUGCGGAAGGGUCUGAUGGAAAGGGGCAUUACUGAAGCAGAGCGUGAGGCAUUUGAGCUGCUGCCUGAUGAUGAGAGACAGUGUGAUAAAUGCAAGACCACAUGCUUCCUUUCUGCUCUGGCCUGCUCAAACUGCCCCGAGCGUCUGGUGUGUCUUUAUCACACUCAGGAUCUGUGCAACUGCCCCACUGAAAAACUCUACCUCAGGUACAGAUAUACCCUGGAUGAGUUGUUAGCCAUGUUACACCGAUUAAAGGUUCGGUCUGAGUCUUUUGAUUCCUGGGCCAACAGAGUGAAAGAGGCACUUGAGCAAGAAGAGGGAAACAAGAUAGGAAUUGAUGACUUGGAAAUGUUAAAGACGGAAGCAGCGGAAAAAAAGUUUCCAGACAACGAACUUCUCCGGAAACUCAACACUGUUCUUAAAGACAUAGAGCGCUGCCAACGGACAAGUACUGAGCUCCUCACUGACUCAAAGACCAGUGAAAGUAAGAUGACUUUGGCAGAGCUGAAAUCUUUGGUAGAGACGAUGCAAAACCUGCCCUGUGUCAUGAACCGGCUGGAGGAAGUGCAGGCGGUUCUGAAGACAGUGGAGGAUUUCCAGAGCCAGGCUCAAGUGCUGGUCAGUGACAGGGACUGGAGAAGGGACUCACCACCACCUGAGGAGUUGGAGAUGUUGUUGGAGCAGGGAGGCAAACUGCCUGUUGUUGUGCCAGAGUAUAAUUUACUUCAGGGCCUAAAGGAGCAGGGCCACUGGCUGGCAGAGGUGAGGUGUACCCUGGGCUCAGAAGGAGGUGAGAGGCAGGAGGUGACGUUGGAUGUGUUGAGGAACCUGAUGGAGGCAGGCUGCAACGUGCCCCAGAGUGUGUCUGUGGAGACGGCCAUGGCAGAGCUUCAGGAGCUGCUCACAAUUGCAGAACGUUGGGAGGAGAAGGCACAGAUCUGCCUCGAACAAAGGCAAAAGCACCCUCUCUCCACACUAGAGGCAAUUGUAAAUGAGGCCCAGCUUAUUCCAGUUAAGCUUCCCAAUAUCCUGGCUCUACAGGGCUGUCUCACACGAGCACGGGCCUGGGUAACAGACUUGGAAGAAAUCCAGAAUGGGGAACAUUACCCAUGUCUGGAUGACCUAGAGGGCCUGGUGGCUAUUGGAAGGGACUUGCCAGUCUUUAUGGAGGAGCUAAGGCAGCUGGAACUGCAGGUGGCCAGUGCUCACUCCUGGAGGGACAAAGCCAGCAAGACCUUCCUGAAGAAGAGCAGUCAGCACAGUCUGCUGGAGGUGUUAUGUCCAUGUGCAAAAAGGAGAGAGAGCCGAGAUGGGACGGAGCCGUUGGAUGAUCCAUUGGAUGAUUCUGAUACCAACACUCUGGGCCUUUCUGCUCAGGACCUGAGGGACCCUGCAGCUAUUGUGAUGGCAUUCAAAGAAGGGGAGCACCAGGAGAAGGAGGCACUGCUGAGGUUACGGAAGUUGAACAUGUGUAAGUCUGGACUUAAUGCUGCAAGUUACAAGGAGGACAAGGAGAAUGGGAGGUGGGACGACACCAUGGAGACGGAUACAUCCAGCCACUCAGAGAACUCUGUAAAAGAGAACGGUAACAGUAACCACACCUGUACGACUCCUCCUCAGUCAGUGUGUGUGUGUGCAGGGCAGCCUCGUGCCCCUCAGCUCCGCUGCCAUCUGUGUAAGGACUGGUUCCAUGGUGGCUGCGUUCCUUUCCCCUCCCUGCUCCCCUCCUCUGGACCACCACUUAACCCCCUCUGCUGGUGGGACUGGGACUCACGCUUCUUGUGUCCUCGGUGCCAGCGGUCACGGCGCCCACGCUUGGAGACCAUCCUGGCAUUACUUGUAGCCCUGCAGAGGCUGCCAGUGCGUCUGCCUGAAGGAGAGGCUCUGCAGUGUCUCACGGAGAGGGCCAUCACCUGGCAGGGCCGAGCCAAAGAGGCGCUCGAGACGUCAGAGCUGCAGCAGGCUCUUCAGAAGCUGCAAGAGCUCAAAGAGACUCUUCAUAGUGAAGCAGAGAAAGAAGACGUGGGAAAGGAGACAGAAGGGAGCUCAGUGAUAGUUUUGUCAGACUCCGAGGGAGGGGAAGGAGAGGAUGGAGUCAUUGAUCUCACAGAGGAGAAAUCACCUAAAAAGAACGCCAAGGAAAGCAAUGGCACUCAGGCUAGAUGUGAAAAUGGCGUCAGCAAGAAGUCAAACGUUACAGGUGUGGGGUCAUUGCUGCCCCUGCUGCCUCUGCUGAAAGGCCAGGUAGUGGAGCUUUCCGCUGCCACCCGGGUCCGGCUGGAGGAGCUACAGCUGGAAGGAGACCUGCUGGAGGUGUCCUUGGACCAGACACACAUCAUCCACAGAGUCCUCGAAGCUUCCUCUGUUCCACCCAGAGAAACACUGCACACACUCAUUCAGAUUGAGCUUGAGGAGCAGAGACGAACGAGCCGUGGCCGAGCCAAGGACUCCAAAAGAAAGAGGAAGAGCCACAGAGGUGGCAGUGGGGAUGGGACAGGAGAAAGGUCACUGGACGUCUCUGAGUCAAAGAAAACCUGUCCCAUCAGCCACAGCCCCUCGCCUCACUUACCUGCUCCGACCCAUCCAGAGAUUUUGUGAUAUAGUCAACGCUGGAGCUCUGUUUAGACGGAUUAGUCGGAGGGAUUGAAGGGACAGAGCAUUCUGUGCCAGAAAACCGUGUCAAGUUAUAGAAAGAUGCAGGACAUCCCCCCUUCCCUGUACCCUGCGUCCCUUCUCAUUCCUCUUUCAUGCAUUCAGACACUAACAGAUCGAUGACUCUUCUUAUACACUCCACACUCUCAUCCCUAACUCAGACGUAUCCUCACCCAUUGAGAUCUUUUUUUUUUUUUUUUUUUUAAGACUCUCUGUCCCACCCAGACGUUAUUCUCCACCUCCCCUGGACCCACCCUCCCUGUGAACAUAUUAAGACUGUGUUGGACCGAUGUGGGACUUACCGUAAUAGGUCUAUGGUCUAGAGUUGUCUUCGAGGUCAGUCAGUAUGCUAUUGUUAUCCCAACUGUAUUAAAUGCUAGUUCAGCCGAAGCCUUUCUCAGCACCGGCACUUGCAGUUUCACUUCACUUGACCCACUCGUUGAAGUUGAAUAAGCUAUGGGUUAAUUUAGACAGUUGUGUUUGGGCGUGAAUCCUGAAGCUGAGGUACAGCAGAAGGUUUUGACAGCUGAUCUUAGAUAACAGCACCGUGGUUACACGUAUUUUUUUAGUUGUAUUGACUCUUGUGUUUGAUGCUGUUUUGAGGGGAUAUGCAUUUUGAAUAAACUGAGUAAAUUUUGGGAAGUGUUAAAAACAGGCAUUAAUGUUUUUGGUGCUACUUUCCCAAAAUUGAUAUAUGUACCUCUUGGCUUUCUCUUUCUCCUCCCUUUCCUCCACUUGAUGCUUUUUUUCUUUUUCUUUUUUUUCUUUUUUUUUAAGCUCCCAUCCUCUUGACUCCAGGUUUUAUUCCUCUCAAUUUUACCUCUUUUUCUUCCUCCCUCAUUCUCUGUUUGCAGAUUAAGGUAACUUCACUGUAACUCACUUUGUCACAAAUUAUUUUGUUUUCUGGGUUCAAAUUAUAUUAUUAUAAUUAUUAUUAUUAUUAUUGAUAUUGCAGACACACAGUUGUCGUGAGUUUGUGUAAAAACCUUUCAUUUUAAUGUUGCCUUUGUUUCUUUUCACUCUUGUUAGAAAAAUAAAAGUUUAGA